GGAGCUGAGGAGGAGCUGAAAAUGCAGAUUUAGCAUCAAGCACAGACAUACACUUGCUCUUUCUCUCAGAUACACAGAGCUCCCCACAUUCGCACCUCUGCCAGCGAGCGGGCCUCCUGACCUCACGGCUCCCCCUCCAGCCAGAUGCUGGAGAACACGCAUUGAUUUGCUGCAUUCCAAACCCCUAAUCAAUCUCUCUACACAAAGAUUUCUUUAAAACAAACAAACAAACAAAAAACUACAUAUAUAUUUUUUAUUUGCACCUUCCCUCCGGGUCCCCUGCUCCGUCAGUGUGCGCGCCUCCUAGCACCACUUUUCACUCCUAAAGAAAGAUGAAAGGUGGCUGUGUCUCCCAGUGGAAGGCGGCCUCCGGGCUCCUCUUCUGUGUCAUGGUUUUUGCAUGUGCCGAGAGACCGGUCUUCACGAAUCAUUUUCUUGUGGAGUUGAAUAAAGGAGGAGAGGAAGAAGCUCGCCAAGUUGCAGCAGAACACGGCUUUGGAGUCCGAAAGCUCCCCUUCACUGAAAGCCUGUACCACUUUUAUCACAAUGGCCUUGCAAAGGCCAAGAGAAGACGCAGCCUACACCACAAGCAACAGCUGGAGAGAGACUCCAGGGUAAAGAUGGUCUUGCAACAAGAAGGAUUCAACCGAAAAAAGCGAGGGUAUAGAAACAUCAAUGAGAUAGACAUCAACAUGAAUGACCCUCUUUUUACAAAGCAAUGGUAUCUGAUCAAUACGGGGCAAGCUGAUGGCACUCCUGGCCUUGAUUUGAAUGUGGCAGAAGCCUGGGAACUGGGAUACACAGGGAAAGGUGUUACCAUUGGAAUUAUGGAUGAUGGGAUUGACUAUCUCCAUCCGGACCUGGCCUCAAACUAUAAUGCGGAAGCAAGUUAUGACUUCAGUAGCAACGACCCCUAUCCCUACCCUCGAUACACAGAUGACUGGUUUAACAGUCAUGGGACCCGAUGUGCAGGAGAAGUUUCUGCCGCAGCCAACAACAAUAUCUGUGGAGUCGGAGUGGCAUACAAUUCCAAGGUCGCAGGUAUCCGGAUGCUGGACCAGCCGUUCAUGACAGACAUCAUCGAGGCCUCCUCCAUCAGCCACAUGCCCCAGCUGAUUGACAUCUACAGCGCCAGCUGGGGCCCGACAGACAACGGAAAGACAGUGGAUGGGCCCCGAGAGCUCACGCUUCAGGCAAUGGCUGAUGGCGUCAACAAGGGUCGAGGGGGCAAAGGCAGCAUCUAUGUGUGGGCCUCUGGAGACGGCGGCAGCUACGACGACUGCAACUGCGACGGCUACGCCUCCAGCAUGUGGACCAUCUCCAUCAACUCUGCCAUCAACGACGGCAGGACGGCCUUGUACGAUGAGAGCUGCUCCUCCACCUUGGCCUCCACCUUCAGCAACGGCAGGAAGAGGAACCCCGAGGCUGGAGUGGCAACCACGGAUUUGUAUGGCAACUGCACUCUGAGGCAUUCCGGGACAUCUGCAGCUGCUCCUGAGGCAGCUGGAGUGUUUGCACUGGCUUUAGAGGCUAACCUGGGUCUGACCUGGAGAGACAUGCAGCAUCUGACUGUGCUCACCUCCAAACGGAACCAGCUUCAUGAUGAGGUUCAUCAGUGGCGACGGAAUGGGGUUGGCCUGGAGUUUAAUCACCUCUUUGGCUAUGGGGUCCUUGACGCAGGUGCCAUGGUAAAAAUGGCUAAAGACUGGAAAACCGUGCCGGAGAGAUUCCACUGUGUGGGAGGCUCUGUACAGGACCCUGAGAAAAUACCAUCCACUGGCAAGUUGGUGCUGACCCUCACAACCAAUGCAUGUGAGGGGAAGGAGAAUUUCGUCCGCUACCUCGAGCAUGUCCAAGCUGUUAUCACAGUCAAUGCAACCAGGAGAGGAGACCUGAACAUCAACAUGACUUCCCCUAUGGGCACCAAGUCCAUUUUGCUGAGCCGGCGUCCAAGGGAUGAUGACUCAAAGGUGGGCUUUGACAAGUGGCCUUUCAUGACCACCCACACUUGGGGGGAAGAUGCCCGAGGAACCUGGACCCUGGAGCUGGGGUUUGUGGGGAGCGCACCCCAGAAGGGCAUGCUGAAGGAGUGGACACUGAUGCUGCAUGGCACACAGAGCGCCCCUUACAUUGACCAGGUUGUGAGAGAUUACCAGUCCAAGCUGGCCAUGUCCAAGAAGGAGGAGCUGGAGGAAGAGCUGGAUGAAGCUGUGGAGAGAAGCCUGAAAAGUAUCCUGCACAAGAACUAGCGUUGCACCCUGGCCUCCACCACCUCUCUCCCUCCCCCAUCUCUGCCUCUCUGUCUUCGCUCCACACUGUCAGGCACCUAGCAAUUACUGUCACUCCCACACAAGCGAUUCCAACUUCUUGAUCUGAAGCUUCACUCACUGUCAAUGAUUAUUUUCAUUACAAUGGAAGCAAUCUUUUUUAUUCUAUGCCCCAAAUACAGUGUUCCCACCAACACCUAUGUUCUAUUUGUGACUAAGUUCUUUAUUUGUGUCAUUCAAAUAGGUGAUAUCCUGCAAACAAAACUGGGACAACUUUCCCCCCAAUUUUUUUUAUAUCUGGGAAGAGAAGAGAAUGCUUUUAAAAAGCUACGUGCAAUGACUCCCAAGAACAUUUAUUCAUGGUCUCAACUGAGAACCUGUUACAUAAAAAGAAAAUCAAAGAUUAUGGCCAAGGGUGAGCUCUGAAUCUCUUAAAGCACAGGAGAUGCUGCAAAUGCUUUGGGGAAAGAUGGUUUGAACUUAGCAAGAUUUUUCAGUGACGUAGAUGAAGAUGGCGUGAUUCGAAAGGUGCCAUCCACGAGAGCCCUAAUUACUGGAGGGGGAAGAAAGAGUCAAAAAGCAUAAGCAUUGAAAAUCUUACCACCAACAUCAUAACUCAUUCUACUCAGCCAGCAUGACAAAUAUAAAAUCUAAGUAGAUUGGCUGUCCUUUCACCAGCGGCUGCUCUAAGUUAUGGUAAAACCUGCUAGAGAAGCCCAAAUUACUCUAGGUUUGUAUAGAGUUCACCUCAGCCCCAAUUUUCUGGGGUUUCUCACAUAGUUGUACAAAAGGAAAGAAUGCAAGGCAGGUCUGGCAACACAUUGUAGUAUUUUUUAACCCAGGAACAUUCUUUUUUCCUAUGUCAUUUUGGGGCUUCUUAAUCUGAUGUAAGCAGGAAGGCAAGGUGAGUCUUUUGACAGUUUUCCACACAUGAACUUGGGCUUUGAUUUCUAAAACAUAUGAUUAGAGGGCAAUAUCAUAGUCCGUCAUGUUGUGAUUUCUUUGAUGUGUUAGGGAAAUGGCCUCUGUUCUGGCAGAGGUGUGUGAAGGGUGAAGGGGGUGUGUCUGAAGAUGUGAGCUGCCAUCUUCACAAGGACUUCCUUUUGUAUGGAGCUUUUCUGUCGACGUGGGGAAUGCCAACUCAUGCCCAGUAACUUGAGGCCUGAAGGAAGCAAGAGGGAACCUCAGUGGGGAAAGCACACAGUUAACAUCUUGGCAACUAAGCAAUUCAUGAGGACGUUUAACAUGCAGCCCAAAGCUAAUAACAUUCAUUUUCCCUAUCAAUCCCCAAAGACACCACACCAUUUCAUCACCAAAUAGAAGUGCUUUCUGACCUGCUGUCACUUUGUUUUCCUACUUAUUGGCUCUUCAUCCCCCAUUCCAAUGCCCACUCAUUCCCAAGAAAUGAUUUGUUUGUUUGACUUGAUUCCCAAGCACUGAUCAACCAUUUCUGGCUACAUUUCUCUCUUCCCCUGGGAGAACAUAAUUAAGCCUGGAGUUCCUUUCUUGAAGCCAGCAACAACAGAGCACUAGGUUCCAUUCCCCGAAGAUGGCAACUUUAGAUGAAAAGUCUGGAAAAUCCAUUUUCUUUCUUUUUUCCCCACGUUGGAAUAAAUUUCUGUCUUCUCUAACACCA